ACACGUAGUUGAAAAUUCAACCUUUUAGCCUUUGUCAUCCUUGAUCACCUUCCUCCUCCUUUCUUGGUGAAGAAAAAUCAUCGAAGUCAAUAUGAGGUCUUCGCACUCUCUUCUCGUAUAUAUGUUCCUUAAGAUGUCAACUGGGCUUUCAACAUUCAAGAGGUUGCAAAACCAGUUUGCUUUUGUCUAGAGAUCUCCUACUACUUUGGUACGUUUGCUUAACAAUUCCAGUACUUGUAUUUUGCUUGAUUAAUUACAUUUAGGAUUGGAUCAUGCAGAGAAUUCAUUUCAUUUAUCUUUUAGAUCUCGAAAACUUCAAAAUAAGGUAUAUUAGAAACAAAAUUUUCCAUUUAUAAUCGUGGCUUUUAGUGAUACAUGUCUUUUUAGUUGGAAUUUGGAAAUGGGCAUUUGAAGGAAAUGAUUGAUUGGAAAAAUUCUGUUCAGGCUACUAAUCGUACCUAUUCUCUUGCUGCAAUUAUGUUGAACUAGCUAGUCACCCAUGUCUUGGUGGAGAAGAUCAUCAGGAGAGGCUACAGAAAGGGAGAGAUCAUUCGUGGUUAAUGGAGGGUUGUUGCAGGAGAAGCUAAUUGCUUUGAAUGAUGGUAGAUAUAAUCCCUUCCGCAGCUUCUCUAUUGAAGAGCUUAGGACAGCAACAAACAACUACGAUCGGAGUCGCAUGUUUAGGAGCGAUGGCUUUGGUAAUUGGUACAAAGGUUGCAUAGAAAAUCGAGUUGUUUCUGUUUACCGUAGACGCAGCGGACACUACGGCGGCAUUGAUGAGGUUGUGAAUGAUAUUGCAGUAGCAGCACAAGUGGGUGAUCAUAAAAAUGUUUUAAAGUUAAUAGGUUGUUGCCUGGAGAGCCCAGUUCCAAUUUCAGUGUAUGAAUAUUUGGAGAAUGCAAAGAUUUCAGAUCAGAUAGCAAUUUCUGGUGAAAAAACUGGACAUCUUCAUGUGACAUGGAAAAGCAGGUUAAAGAUUGCCAGGGAGAUUGCUUAUGCAGUUGCAUAUCUUCACACUGCAUUUCCUAGGCCUAUUGUCCAUAGACAUAUACAUCCCUCUAGUAUAUUCUUAGAUGAGCAUAAUAAUGCCAAAUUGUUCGAUUUCUCAUUAUCCAUUUCCAUCCAUGAGAAUGAAACAUUAAUGACAGAGAGAAUAUCUGGGACUUUUGGCUAUAUGAGCCCCGAAUAUGAAAUGCAUGGUGAGGUAACAGAGAAAAUUGAUGUAUACAGCUUUGGCGCACUUCUUCUUCUGUUUCUAACAGGUCGACAUCCUCGUGAAUUGAUAAAUGUUGAGAUAUAUCCUGAUCCUCAAAUAAAGAGUUUCGUAAAACAUUAUGCUGUAUGUCACAGCAUGGAUGAAAUCAUGGACCACAGGUUUCUGGCUGAGGAGGGAGGGAUUAAUGAGCGACAACAAGGGAAAACUGUGAUGGAACUAGUCCUCAAAUGCCUAGAGACGGCUAAAGAACAAAGACCGACAAUGGUAGAAGUUACAAAACAACUUAUACAGAUUGAGAGGGCCUUAACAACAGUUGGAGAAGAAGACAUGUCAGGGAAGAUGUUCAUGGAAGAGUUUAUUGCGUCAUGUGAUCCUCAUCUCAGAGUUUCUCUCAUUAGUUUCUCUGCUGAAGAGAUUCGAAAGGCUACAGAUGACUAUAAUCCUACGCACAUUUUGGGCUGCAAUAAACUUGGAAUAUGGUACAAAGGUCAUAUGGGCAACCUAAUUAUCUCUGUCUGUAAAAUUUGUAAAGUGAAUUGGCAUGAGCAUGUGAAGAAUGAAUUUAGAAUUGCCAUUCAGUUGAGUGCUCGUAAGCAUGUGUUGAAGCUGUUAGGAUACUGCCUUGAGACCCAAGUUCCAACUUUAGCGUAUGAAUCUGCAGAAGCACUCCCCCAAUAUUUUCAUACCGAGCAGUCCAUGCCUUUGCGGAGGAGUUUAAGAAUUGCAAGGAAAAUAGCCAAGGAAGUUGCAUAUUUGCACACUGCUUUCCCUCUACCGUUGAUCCAUGGGAACAUAGCAUUUGCAAAUGUUUUCUUGGACAAGAAUGAAGUUCCAAAACUUUGCAAUUUCUCUCAAUCCAUAUCAAUCCACCAAGGUGAAACACUCACAGUGGAUCUUGUUGAUGCUACAAACAGAUAUAUGCCUCCGGAAUAUUUAAAAGGAGGUGUACUAACAGAGAAAGUUGACGUAUACAGCUUUGGUAUGCUUUUAGUUCAGAUUUUAGUGGAGAGGACAUGGCCUUAUUAUUAUCAUUAUGACAACUCCAUUGCAAAUAUAAACGAACAUGAAGUUUUGGACUAUGUAAUGAAAUACAGGAGAGGAGAAGAUCUUGGUGAGCAGAAACUGGAAGCCGUGGUAAAGUUAGCUUAUAGAUGCAAGGCUGUUGAGAAGGAUGAAAGGCCAACAAUGACAGAAGUUGCAAGAGAACUCAAACAGUUAUGAUAUGGACCAACUAGCUUUCAACUAUUCGGCAGAUUUGAACCGAACCUAAUAAUUUUUACUGUCGAUAUCUAAUAGAGAUUCGGAAAAGAAAUUUCGAGACGCAAGACUUUUAAAAAUGUGACAAAAGUCGUAAACCUGUCACAAAAUUCGAUAUGAAAAUUCGAUAUGAAAAUUCUAUCAUUUAGUGGUCAAUUUUAUAUUUUAAUUAUUUUUUUGAAUAUUUUCAUAAUUUUACUUAUUAAAAUUUUAUUUUUAUUAUAAAUAGC